AGCUUCCGAUUUUAUCUCCACUAUACACGUGGCAGCCAGCUAAAGCCCCAGCCUUCAAAGCUAAACUGAACUAAACGCUUUCCAGCUAAUUCACCAAGCGAAGAAGCUGAGUUUGGUCUCUCGUUAUCCGUUUUGAAGAUUUUGAAAGCCAAAAACAGUUUUGCAUGGAAGUGAAUUGAAAUGAAUUUAUGAACCCCUUUGUGUGAAAACGAAAAAUAUGCAGAAUUUGGCUCUCAGUAAACCAUUGGUUUCAAGAGGGAAACAUCCCUUGUUACUUCUUGUUGAUUCAUUGCCAUCUUGUGCUAAGUUAUCUACAAGUCCCCUUUCACGUUCAUUAAGAUGUAGAGAAAUAUCAAGGUUGAACUCUGCAUGUGGCAACGUCAGAGCCCACGCGUCUAAUGUUGGUCUUGGAUCUGGGGGCUACGAAGGCAGGGAGGAAAAUGACAAUCAAAAGAUCUUUGUCAAUGGUCCAACCAGUGACGGUUCAUCUGACAAUCAAAAGCCUCCCAGUCGAAUUCCAUAUCCUCUCUCUAUUGCUAUUGUGCUCUUUGGCUGCACUUUAGUAUUUUCAUUGAUUGCCUUUGUGAAAGGAGGACCAACAUUGCUUCUAGCUGCAAUCGCAAAGUCAGGGUUCACUGCAGCAUUCUCAUUAAUAUUUGUUUCUGAAAUUGGGGACAAGACAUUUUUCAUUGCUGCACUCUUGGUGCAAUAUGAGAAAGGAUUGGUUCUUCUGGGAUCAAUGGGUGCUCUUGCGCUAAUGACAGUUCUAUCAGUUAUAAUUGGAAUAAUGUUUCAUUCAGUACCUGCUCAAUUCCAGACAACGUUGCCAAUUGGAGAAUAUGCAGCUGUAACCCUAUUGAUGUUUUUUGGCCUCAAAUCAAUAAAAGAUGCAUGGGACCUUCCUUCAAAUGUAGCUAAGAGUGGCGACAAAAGCGGCCCUGGGCUGGAUGAAUUUGUUGAAGCUGAGGAACUUGUGAAAGAGAAGGUUUCAAAACGGCUUUCCAAUCCACUGGAGAUAAUCUGGAAGUCAUUCAGUCUUGUAUUUUUCGCUGAAUGGGGGGAUCGCUCUAUGCUUGCAACAAUUGCUCUUGGUGCUGCACAGUCACCUUGGGGUGUGGCUGGUGGAGCAAUUGUUGGACAUUUACUUGCAACAUCUAUUGCAGUUCUAGGGGGAGCUCUUCUUGCCAACUACAUUUCUGAAAAACUGGUUGGCUACAUCGGUGGAGUGCUGUUUCUUGUUUUUGCCGUGGCCACAUUUUUUGGGGUUUUCUAGUUAGUUCUUAGGAAUCUAUGGAAAAUGAGAAAGAUUAGUUUCGGAGCUGUUGAUAGAGAUCUGACAGAAUUAGUUACUACAAAAAGAGGUGAAGGAGCUUGGAAUCAAUCUAGUAUGGAGUUUGUCAGCUAUGUGUGGAGUAUAUUUGUACUUCAAAAGCCUCAAGGCUGGUGCCUUGUAUAUUAUCCCUUCUUGUAACAAAAGAGUUACCUGAAAAGUUACAAAGAGAGGAAUCUAGAUGAUGUUACAAAAUGGGUGAAACAAGCUUUACCCCCAUGUCCAACCAUUUUUUCUGUGUCUUGACAAUAAAGACUUGAUGAUAGUUCCAAGAUAUGGAUUUGUAUUUGCAACAGAUUUUACAAAAAGACAAAUGUGUUAUAUUUAA